GGGUUCAGAUUCUCAACCCGCGUCUUCACAAUGGCAUCCCCGAGGUCGCGUACAACGACACCUAUACGUGCCAUACCAUCCAAUUUGGCUAAUCGAGCCUCUCCUUCCGUUGCCCCUGCGUCUCAAACAUACGAACCUUUGAUAAAGUCGAUCCUUCGCCAGCGCCUCACGAACCGAAUCUUCACAAUUUCAGUAGUUUGUUGUUGGCUGCAAACUACUUUUUGGACAAUCUGGGGUAUUGGCGGUCGUGAUGCAGUGGGUCUGAAGACGCUCUUAGCUGUCCCGUUUCGUCCGUCAACCCUAGUGGUGACGGCAAUGACUUGGUUGGCAGUUGUCGUACCGGUCAUUGUCAUUCGCAAAACUCAAUUGACUGCAUCACGAACGAUUGCUAGUUCCCCUGCGAAAAUAUGGCAUUCAGCUAAGUCAAAAAAGUCUACCAAAUAUGCCUUGAUGACCUAUUCGGCCUCCGCAAUUGCUGGAACUAUCCUGCACGUUCUUUUGGCCUACAUAAAUGAACCAAAAGCUCACGGGGAUCCCCGUCUAUCACUCUUUGUGAAAUCCAGACGUUAUCCCUACUAUCUCAAUGGCCGACUACUAUUUCUUCUACUUUCUCAGUUAACAUUGGCAUCUGGUUCUCUAUUGCGGAAUGUUAUGCUCGAUCGGUUUGCCUUUAAAUGGUCAAUUGCUUCGAACCAAUAUCGACUCAAUAUUUUCGAGUUGAUGCGGGUAUUUGUCGUGGUCAUCGUGUUCUCUUCUGCGUCCCUCGUCUGCGCGUCCCUCAGUUUUGCCACCAUCCGAAUAUUGUUCCCGGUGCUAUAUAGAUUCCCGCUACUUCCUAUAAUCUUGCGGCCUUUUACAGGCCACUUCGUUCGGGGAUCCAUAACUUUACUGCUACCAUUCUUUCACAUUGGGCUGCUGUUCCGAGCAUGGUUUAUCAGCUUCACCACGAUGUUUGUCUGGGAGAUUUCCGAAUUAUUGUUCGACGUAUUGAUUCCUCAGCCUAUCAAAUUAUCGCACCUUAUCAGCGACUCAUCCGUCGUUUUGAUUUCAGGACUGUCAUCCCGCGAUAGAACAAUGAAAUUCUUUGCUCUGUCGGAGUUGAAGGAUAUUGCUUCAGACGAAUCACCAGCUGCUGCUGCUUGCCGUUCUGAUUUAUUUGCAGAUCAAAAAUACUCCCCCAAUCAGUGGAGUCAGCUAUGUCGAGAUUGUCUUCUUUUACUCGGCAACGAUUAUCAACUAUUGCUACGCAGAGGCGCACCAGCACCUCCGCCACCGGCAGCUUCUCCUCUGCCCAAACCAGAGCCUCCGUUACCUGCUACGCCUACUCCGUUACUAAGAAAAGACAUCUUUCGAAAAGAGAAGAGCUCUCCCAUCCGUGCUGUUCUCGACUCUUUUGCGUCAGAUGGCCCUUUGGCGCAAGCAGUAGAUGAAGGCACCGAAUCUAUUCAUGUACCGCGACUUAUUAAAACUGUCGAGGAUGCAGUGUUGCCUCAGUUAGAGAAAAGCAAGGGCGAGGUGGUGAAGAGUGUCAUUGGAGCAACAGAAAUCAUGCCGAAAAUCACUGGAGGAUUGAAUGCGGUGGCCGAAGGCAUAGUUGACCGUCAUGCACCAAAUUUUGUUAGAAGAACCGUGAAGCAUUGGCGAGAGUGGUGGACAGAAGACAGAUUGAGUAAAACUGUUGAAGGUUGUAUACCUUUCCGAGAACUUGACGUGCUAGCUGUAGAAGUGUUGUCGCAUCUAGUCUGUGCAUCUCUCUCAGAAGAUCGAUACGGCGUCGUUCAACGCGAUGCCCCCAAGAUAAUCGAAGCGAUGCUAUCGUUCCUAUCUGCUAUCGAAGAGUACCAGAUGGAGCUCAACACACUCUACAAAGCGCCAUCCCCAGAUGCAAAUUUAUCACCGAAAGAGUUACAGGAAAUCGAGACAAAGAGGAUAGAGGUGGAGAAAGCACAUGAUGCUCUGGGUCUUGUUGGAAGCGUUUUGAAGGAAGGUGUGGCCCGGAUCGCGAGAGUCUUCAGCGAUAAACUACUAGCAUUUAAAUUUCCGCCGCGGACUGCGACCAAGUUGCAAGGGUUUCUAGAUUAUUGUUGACCCUUCUUCCAGCACUCUUGGUUCUAGGUUGAGAAUAUGAAGACCUUUAAACCAGUUGUAUCAAAUUGUGAGAUAUCUUUGGAUGCCAUUUCUAGACAUUGCCCGUUCUUCAAGCUCAUCGAUUAUAAUGGGUGUUGAAUUUUGGCCGCAGUGUUGCCCUGUCCGGAAGCUUAUCAGUAAGAGUUCUCUACAAUCACUUCCUGAAGCUUGUGUUUUGGCAUGUACAAAAGAUUUUCUAUCAACCUCCCCCACUUUACAUGUGGAAAAUGCUAUCUUUCGUAUUCCCUGUACUAUUUACAGUAAAUCAUACAUAGCCAUCUUUGUG